GUACUGUUUGGAAAGCGUCUACUGUCAAUCCAAAAGUUGUUUUAUAAAGAAACAGGAACGUUGUUGUCCAGUAUCACAAAAAUGCCAAAUGGGAAAGUGAGAAAUAUCCGCCUGACAGAUCAUGGAAAGUAUCAGCAUCAACUGCACCAUACCAAGAAUUUUACUGAAUCACCAACAAAAUUUGAGGAUCCGCCAUGGAUGUAGAAGAUAAAGCAUCUUUACAUGUUAUAGAAACUUUAAUCCCCUACAAAUUCCAGUUAUUGGCAUGCUUCUUUCACCGCUCCUCCAUGGCUUCAUCUUCAUGGGUUAAAGAGCUUCGUUUCAUGCAGCUGAAGGUCCCUUUAAAGAUCCAUGAAUCGAUUUGGGUGAUGCCGGCUGGACCGACACCUGCUGCUACCGGCGACAGCCUCUACCUUUCAAACCUUGAUGAUAUUGUGGGUGCACGUGUCUUCACCCCAACCAUAUAUUUCUAUCGUUCCGGAGACUCCAGACGCCCUGUCAUGAAAACAUUACGGGGCGCUCUUGCCAAUGUUUUAGUUCCUUACUACCCUUUCUCUGGGAGGAUCAGAGAAACCAAUAAUGGCAAGUUGGAAGUGUUUUUUGGUCCUCAACAAGGUGCUCUUAUGAUUGAGGCUCACUGUGAAAUGGCCUUAGCCGAUCUUGGAGACCUUACAGUACCAAACCCAGCAUGGGCACCUCUGAUCUACAAGUUCCCCGAUGAAGAGCCAUACAAGAUUCUUGACAUGCCAUUAGUUAUAGCUCAAGUGACUCUUUUUAGCUGCGGUGGCUUCAGCCUUGGCCUUAGACUCUGCCAUUGCAUCUGUGAUGGCUUUGGUGCUAUGCAGUUCCUUAAUGCCUGGGCUGCCUCUGCAAAAGCUGGUAGACUGGUGGUAAAUCCUCAGCCUUGUUGGGACAGAGAAUUUUUCCGGCCUCGCCGCCCACCAAUUGUCAAGCACCCGCAUGUUGAAUACAUGAGAAUUGACGAAGGCUCAAGCCUAACAAUGAGUUUGUGGGAAACCAAGCCUGUUCAGAAAUGUUACAGAAUAAGCAGGGAGUUUCAAACUCACCUCAAAAUUCUAGCUCAACCAGAUGACAAUUUUCCCUGCACUACAUUUGAUGCAAUGGCUGCUCAUAUUUGGAGGUCAUGGGUGAAAGCCCUUGAUGUCAAGCCACUUAACUAUAAGCUUAGGCUCACAUUUUCUGUCAAUGCUCGCCAGAAGCUGAAAAACCCACCAUUGAAAGACGGUUUUUAUGGCAAUGUAGUUUGCGUGGCAUGCGCAAUGAGCACUGUAAAUGAGCUUGUAAAUGGGCAGCUCAAGUACACAACCCGUCUGGUUCGUGAAGCUAGACUGAGUGUGUCAGAGGAGUAUCUAAGAUCUACGGUGGAUUUCGUUGAAGUUGAGAGGCCAAGAAAGCUUGAAUUUGGAGGAAAAUUGACCAUAACUCAAUGGACUAGAUUUUCAAUUUAUGAGUCUGCGGAUUUUGGGUGGGGAAGGCCAAUUUAUGCUGGUCCAAUUGACCUUACUCCAACUCCACAGGUUUGUGUGUUCUUGCCUGAAGGAGAAGCUGAUCCUAAUGGAACCAUGGUGGUCUGCAUUUGCUUGCCUGAAUCUGCAACUGGUAAAUUUAUAGAGUUUCUAUGUUUGAAGAAUUCUUCUAGUUAUGGAAGUGUAAGCAAUGGCAGUUUAUAAGAUGCAAAUAAAUUAUCAUAUAUCUAGAUGCAUAUUUUGUUUUAAUCAUUCAGAUUUUGUCAAUUAGCCAUGACAUGAUGGCAUCAUUAAUCAAUAAUACUAUUCAGUCAUUUAAUA